AUGCUCUACUCUUCCAUCCUCGUCGCCGCCUCGGCUCUCGCCGGCUUUGCCUCUGCGCAAAACGCCACGGGCAACUACAAUACCCCCAUCCCGUGCUGCAGUGUCGACCCGGGCUCUGUGCCCUUGGAUGACAAGCAGACGUGGUGCAAUGCCAACCAAAACACUUGCGUCGAACUCUGCGGUGGCCAGGGACAGAUUGCCAGCAACGGUAACGAGUGCGAUUCGCAAACGCUUGACUUCAGCUGCGAGUGCAGAAACGGUACUAACGUUAGCGACUCCAUGAAGAAGUACGAGCAGUCGGUCGACGGUCAAAUGUGCAGCUACUGGUACAUUCAAUGUAUCGCUGCUACCGGUUCCGAUGCUGCUGCACAGUUCCAGUGCGAGCAGGCCCGUGACAACGAGUGCGGUACCUUGACGACCUCGGACGCCACCGAUGCCGGCAACGCCGGCGCUUCAUCCUCUGGCAGCAGCCCCUCGGCCACCAGCAGCGGCUCUUCUUCAGAUAGCACAGAAACUGCUUCAGCUAGCGGUGCCUCCUCUACCCCCACUGAGGGUGCUGCCGUCCGCAACGCUAUCUACGGCACCCCUGCCCUCGCUGGUGGCCUCUUCGCGCUUUUCGGCUUCGCCUUGUAA